UAUUUCCAAGUUUUCAUUCAACUCUAUCUUUCAAGCAAUUGUCCAAUAAUCAUAAAAUGAUGAGUGUGAAGAUGUCUGCAUUUUAUCCUGGCGGGCAAAAUGAUUUAUUAGUAUUCCCAGCAGAUUUAUUAUAAAUAUAAAAAACACUCUUGAUUAAAAAAAUCAGAGCAAAAUAAUAAUUUGAAAUGAAAUCGCAGAUCAUUACGUAUUACUGAGCUACAGGCGAACUGUUUGGAAAUAACAUCAGUAAUUUAGUUCGUUGACCUUGGAUGUUGUAGUUUAUUUUCUAUGAUGCUGUGAUGAAGGAGUUGUAUUAGGAAGAUAAUUGCAUUCUUGAGAGGAAAAAUGGAUAAGUGAAUAAGUGAUUGAAACUAAUGCCAUGUGAGACAGCAACUUUUAUAAGGAUCGAAUCGGAUAUUGCAUGUAAUGAAAGCUUAUCUCUGUCUAAACCAGAAAUAAUUUAAAUGUGCUGAAAAUUACAUAUCACUCUUCCUGUUAUUCAUUUAAAAUUGUCUGCGAUAAUACAGUGAUUUUAUAAUAUAUAACAAAAACGUGUGGUUCUAUAAUCUGUAACAAAAACGUGUUCUUUUAAGAAAUCUGAAAAUGGACACGUGUGUGGAUUAACCCAGUCUCAUGCAUUGAAUAAGUUGAGAAAUGAAAUUUUUCUAAAAAUGGAUAAUUAUACGGAUUUAUUUGACCAAAUAUCACACAUCGAAUAAAGCUACGAGUAAUUCUAAAAAAAAUGGAUAACGGUCACAAUGUGAAAUUUUUACAGACGACAUCUUUAAGUUCGGAAAAGGAUGAAGACAUCGAAAUAGUUUCUGAACAAUAUUUACCGGUUGAGACUGAAAAACCCGUGCGUAGAAAACCACGAAAAUCCAUUUUGGAUGACAUCAGAAUUUUUCAGGAUGCGGCUGCACGUAAAAAACUAACCCGAUGGAUUAUGGUUCUAGGAGGUGUAUUUAUUUUCUUAAGUGGUAUUCUUCUUAUAGUGACACUAAAUAUGUCAAAAGAUAUUGACGACAAAGUUCGUGAUUCUAAUGAACUUCUACGACCGCAAACAGACAUUAAAGCCAAAGUUGAUGAACCAUAUGUAAUUGCAGAGCAAAAUAUAACCAAAGGUCGACUAUGAAAUCAAUUCAUUGGAUUUAGAUCUCAACUUCUCUGCAAAUAUUGAUGACCAAGUAUUUAUCAUUUGUUGACAGUAUUAGUUGUCACUGUUACUUCUCAAAUCGAUUUUUACAAACACAUUACUUAUUGCGACUGUUAUCAUUGAAUUUGGUUUUAGUACUAAAACAUUAUUGAAUAUCAAUUUUAUCAUUGAACAUGUAGCAUAUCAAUUUCAUCAUUGAAUAUGGUUACAAUAUCGUCAGUUAUAACGUUGUCUUCAAACGGCAGUUAAGUGUAUUAUUUUUGCUACGAUUUCGUUUGAUAUUGUGAUAUCGGUUGUUUUUAUAAUCACUGUACAUAUAAUAUGUAAACAUUUAUGUACCAGCAAGUAAUGGUAAUUAUGCUGCUAUACAAGCUCGACAAAAACCACUUUGCAAGUAAGAAUCGGAAUCGGAGAGAUUUUAAAUUAUUAUGAAUCUGAUCCCUUACUUUGGUUAUAUCCAUUUGUCCUGCAAUAGAACGGAAACAAUGUCAUAUACUUCAAACAAUCAAAAAAUCAGUUGGGUCUUAUUUGUUUGUGUUUUCUUCUUUUCUUUACUAAGAUGUUGAACAUGAUAAGGAAUAAACCAAUAAUUCAUAGUUCCAUUGCUUUCUAUGUCAUUUGGCAAUUUCAAGCAUUUAUAGGUAUUUAGUCUUUGAAGUUAAAAUAUAUUGACAGUCAUUUCAUGUUAAAACAGUAACAUACCUGUACCUUUCAUUAGAAAUACGAUCAUACUUGUUCACAAAGAUUUGGUAGUACAAAACAGGUACUACUGA